ACCCUUUCCUCUUGUCCUAGGAGAGUGAACUGAAGGAUGCUGCCCAGGGAGAGCAUCGCCUGAGACUCCAUUAUGCAGGCCUUCCCGCAAGGGCCGGGCAUCGCGACAAGGUGAGAGCGGAGCAUGCGCGCCUUCGCCACGCGCUCGCCGUCGUGAGCAGGGAACGCGAUCUGGCCGCGCGGGAGACGCGCCGGCUCCAAGCCAAGCUGGAGAACCUGGAACAGGUCCUGAAGCACAUGCGAGAGGCCGCGGAGCGGCGGCAGCAGCUGGAAUUGGAGCAUGAACAAGCGCUGGCUGUUCUCAACGCCAAGCAGCAGGAAAUCGACCUUCUGCAGAAGGCUCAGGUUGAAGCUAAGAAAGAACAUGAAGGCGCUGUGCAGCUGCUAGAGUGCAAGGUGCGAGAGCUGGAGGAGAAAUGCCGGACGCAGAGUGAGCAGUUCAGCCUGCUGUCCCGGGACCUGGAGAAGUUCCGGCAGCAGGCGGGCAAGAUCGACCUGCUGGGCGGCGGCUCUGUGGCCUCCUUGGAUGCCCCCACAUCCCCCAGCAAGCCUUUCCCGCAGUUCAUGAACGGACUAGCCCCCUCCCUCAGCAAAGGUCAGGAGAGCACUAUUGGAAGCCGCACUACGAUUGGUGAAUAUAUCCGGCCCCUCCCGCUCUCCGGUGACAAGCCGGAGACUCUGUCUGUCAAGCCCACCUUUCUGUCAAGAGCCGGGAGCCCAAGAUGCAGAUUUGAGUCAGAGAUGGACAAUGAAUGGAAUUCCAAUACCUCCAAGCAGAGAUACUCGGGGAAGGUCCACUUGUGUGUCGCCCGCUACAGUUACAACCCCUUCGAUGGGCCAAAUGAGAACCCAGAAGCCGAGCUGCCCCUCACGGCGGGGAAAUACCUCUACGUCUAUGGGGACAUGGAUGAGGAUGGCUUCUACGAAGGCGAACUCCUGGACGGGCAGAGGGGUCUGGUGCCCUCCAACUUUGUGGAUUUUGUCCAGGACAAUGAAUCGAGACUGGCAAGUGUGCUGGGAAACGAGCAGGAUCAGAAUUUCAUCAACCAUUCCGGCUUCGGCGUGGAGGGGGAGCGCAUCUUCGACCUCCACUCCCCGACUCAGACGGACUCCGUCACCGACAACGGCGCGGGGACGCUGGAUGUGAACAUCGACGACAUUGGAGAAGACAUCGUGCCUUACCCUAGAAAAAUCACCCUUAUCAAACAACUCGCCAAAAGUGUCAUUGUGGGCUGGGAGCCCCCCGCGGUGCCGCCGGGGUGGGGGACGGUGAGCAGCUACGCCGUGCUGGUGGACGGGGAGGCGCGCCUGAGCCUCACGCUGGGCGGCAGAACUAAGGCCCUCGUCGAGAAGCUUGACAUGGCGGCCUGCACCUACCGCAUCUCCGUGCAGUGCGUGACGAGCAGGGGUAGCUCGGACGAGCUGCAGUGCACGCUGCUGGUGGGCAAGGACGUGGUGGUGGCCCCUUCGCACCUGCGGGUGGACAACAUCACGCAGAUCUCCGCCCAGCUGUCCUGGCUGCCCACCAACAGCAACUACAGCCACGUGAUUUUCCUCAACGAGGAGGAGUUUGACAUCGUCAAGGCCGCGAGGUACAAGUACCAGUUCUUUAACCUCAGGCCCAACAUGGCCUACAGGGUGAAGGUUCUGGCCAAACCCCACCAGAUGCCGUGGCAGCUGCCUCUGGAGCAGCGGGAGAAGAAGGAGGCCUUCGUGGAGUUCUCCACGCUGCCUGCAGGUCCUCCGGCCCCCCCACAAGAUGUCACUGUCCAAGCUGGGGCCACCUCGGCCAGCGUGCAGGUCUCCUGGAAGCCGCCCACUCUGACGACCACCGGGCUGUCCAACGGAGCCGACGUCACGGGCUACGGCGUGUAUGCAAAGGGGCACAGGGUGGCUGAGGUCAUCGCCCCCACGGCGGAUGGCACAGCCGUGGAGCUGGUGCGGCUGCGGAGCCUGGAAGCCAAGUGUGUGACCGUGCGGACCCUCUCCGCACAGGGCGAAUCCAUAGACUCUGUGGUUGCUGCCAUUCCCGCCGACCUCCUCGUGCCUCCAACCCCCCACCCGAGAACUGCUCCCACACCGAAGCCAUUAGCAAGUGCUGGAGCCCCCGAUACCAAAGAUGAACACCUGGGUCCCCACGUCAGAGUGGACGAGGCCUGGGAGCAGAGUCGGGCGCCUGCCCCGGCCCACGGGCACAUGCUGGAAGCGCCCAGCCUACAGGGCCCGGGCCCAGGGAGGCGGUCGCCCUCGCCCAGCCGGAUCCUCCCGCAGCCGCAGGGGGCUCCGGUUUCCACCUCCGUCGCCAAGGCCAUGGCCCGGGAAGCUGCGCAGAGAGUGGCCGAAAGCAGCAGGUUAGAGAAACGGAGCAUCUUCCUGGAGAGGAGCAGCGGACAGUACACGAACUCCGACGAGGAGGACAGCUAUGAGUCCCCGGAAGUCAGGAGGAGGGGCGCCUCGGUGGACGACUUCCUCAAGGGGUCCGAGCUCGGCAAGCCGCCGCACUGUUGCCAUGGAGACGAGUACCACACGGAGAGCAGCCGGGGGUCCGACCUCUCAGACAUCAUGGAGGAGGACGAGGAGGAGCUCUACUCCGAGAUGCAGCUGGAAGACGGGGGCAGGCGGCGGCCCAGCGGCACCUCCCACAACGCCCUCAAGGAAGGCUAUCAGAAUAGGACCACUGAGGCAGCUUUCUCGGAACAGCCUGAGUUCCCCCGACAAACCCACCGCAGUAAGAAACUAUCCAGUAUCCCUGAAGUAGCAGAGGAGGACGGAGAGCACUGUGAGUUCCUGCACAGACAGGGCUCAGGAUACUCCUCCAGGGCCAGAACUGUGCUGGCCAGAGAGCCCAGGCCCGCCAGGCCCUGCGGGGCACAUGAGGCCCUGCAGGGCUCCCGGUUCCCUGUGAAACCUAGGGGCCUCAGGGCCGGCACCCACGCCAAGGACUUCGUUCUCGAAGACAAAGACUGCUGGUUCAGCCGCUCUGCCACCAGGAGCCCAGACAGUGGGCUGGACUGUGGGAGCGAAGAAGAUGAGCUGCGAUUUAGUUUCAGAAACCCCGCUGCCAAGUGCAGCCCGGGACCCGGGCAGUGCCCGUGCAGGAGGAGCCCGAGGCCCCUGCUGGCCCGGCGGCGGACGCUGACCCGGCAGAACAGCAUCGAAGAGGACUUUGGGGAGCAGGUGGAGGCCAUCAGGAGCGAUGAAGCCCACCUGAGCCCAGGGAGACCCACCCCCAGGAAACACGGCUGGGACGAGCCCGCUGGGCACGAAGACUUCCGGGAUGUCCAGCAGAAAAGCAUAAAUGCGCCCGAAACUUGCGCAGCCGACAAGCGUGCGCAGCCAGCUCCCCGGGCUGCCCAGGGGGCCCCGAUUUUAGGAAACCCGGUGUUGGCAGGACGGGCCGAGAGGGCAGAUCACGGGGGCCGGAGGUUUUCCCACGGCGGUGCUGGGCCCCACAGGGCCCGGCCAGUGAUGGUCCCGUCCAUUGAUGAAUACAGCGGGCGAGACCAUCUCUCUCCAGAUUUCUAUGAAGAGUCCGAGACUGACCCUGGAGCUGAGGAGCUGCCAGCCCGGAUCUUCGUGGCUCUUUUUGACUAUGACCCGCUCACCAUGUCCCCGAAUCCAGAUGCUGCAGAAGAGGAGCUUCCCUUUAAAGAAGGGCAGAUCAUCAAGGUUUAUGGUGAUAAAGAUGCUGAUGGAUUCUACCGUGGCGAAACCUGUGCCCGGCUUGGCCUUAUUCCUUGUAACAUGGUCUCUGAGAUCCAAGCAGAUGAUGAGGAGAUGAUGGACCAGCUUCUUAGACAAGGCUUCCUCCCUCUGAACACGCCCGUGGAGAAAAUAGAGAGAAACAGGAGAAGUGGCAGGCAGCACUCAGUGUCGACUCGAAGAAUGGUGGCCCUCUAUGACUAUGAUCCGAGGGAGAGCUCACCUAACAUCGACGUUGAGGCUGAACUUACGUUUUGCACGGGAGAUAUUAUUACUGUUUUUGGUGAAAUUGAUGAAGAUGGAUUUUACUACGGGGAGCUUAAUGGGCAGAAAGGCCUUGUACCUUCAAACUUCCUAGAAGAAGUGCCUGAUGACGUAGAAGUCUAUCUUUCUGACGCCCCAUCCCACUAUUCACAAGACACGCCGAUGCGCUCAAAAGCAAAAAGGGUUCCUCCUGAGGGUUCAGGUACAGCAAGGAGAGCGCCAUCCCCCACAGUCCAUCUCCAUUCGGGGUCACCUACGUCAUCUAUGGGUACUGGUAGUCCUGGGAGAGGCAGGGAAAUGUCCUCGAAAAAGAAAAAGGGGCUGCUUUCCAGAGGCAAGAAACUGCUGAAAAAACUGGGUGCAGUGAAAUGAUUCAUGUGCUUCUGGACAACUUCCAAAUCUAUGUAAUUUUCUUUAAUUCCAAACUAGGGCUUUCAUGACUCAAGUACUUCCUAUAAAAACAAUCUUCUCCCCUGACACCAGUAGAGAAAUGCUCUUUGCACUACCAUCCACUUUAACCAACCGCCAGGACAAAGAGCGGCUGUUGCUCUCUCUCCCAGCCUCCGUGCCAACCUGCUCUUAUUGCCCGAGGUCUGACGGGAGGUGGGGUGUCUCAUGAGCACACGGGGGGCCAGUAGCUCUUGG